CCUGAGCACAUACCCCCUUUGCCCAAGCGAUCCAAAUUGCCCCAAUGACUAUCCACCCCCCUCAAGCCAAGGAGGACCCCCCCCCCUCAAGUGUUAUUGAGCACAGAUGACCAUCACACUGAAUUAACCAAGGUGGGGGGGAUCCCGCCAUCCUCAGUCGAGCACCUGCCCCUCAAAAAGUCUCUGCAGGGCACUGGUCAUCAGACGGUGCCCAAGGAGGUGGGGCUUGCCUGUGCUUCUGAGGUGGACGACAUUCUGACGCACAAGUGGGAUUCCCGGUCAACCCCUGGUGUGAUGUGUAUGCACACUUCUCCUCCCCCACUUUGAGAGGAACACUGGACAGUGUUGAGGACAUUGCGCCACUAGACCAUAUUCCAGAAUUAUGGUGUUAUUGGUUAAGGGUCAAAGACUUCAAUAUCUCUUUGAUAAACUCUAUGGCCAAGAGCUAUAUCAGUUAUAAACAUACGGAUGCAGAUUUUAAAGAAGACAAGAAGCAAUGUCAAAGUGUCGCCACACCAGAGGAAUUGUUUACAGUUUCUAGUGUCUGACUAUUCCAAAUUUGUAGUUACAAAUGUAUUAUAUAUGACGUAUUGAUCUAUUUUUUUAAUUGUUAAUGUUCUGUGUAUCGCUGGUCGAAACAAUCAGUCCUUAUAUUCCUAUUUGUAUCUGGUCCUGUCUUAUAUAAAUGUCAAUAGUAUUGCCUUGAUUUGCUUGCAUUCUUUAAAAAACCCGAAGAGCAUUGGUUUAUCAUGAACAGCAGCCUUCACAACACUCAACACAGCUGAGGCAGCUGCAGACCAUGUUUGAGUAUGUCUGUUUCACAUUCUUACAACAGUGCUGUUAAAAACGGGCUUUACUUUAAAGGUGCAGUUGGGUGGGAGCAAUGUGUGGCUCUGCGGAUCAGCACUCUGUGUCUGUAAUCAGAAGGUUACUGAUGCAAAUCCUGUGCGAGACAGAGUCCUUUAACUGUAGGACCAUUGAGCAAGGUCCUUAACCCCAGUUGGUCCAGGGACUGGCUGACCCUGCUUGCUUCAUCAAUUGUAUGUGAUUUUGGUUUAAAAAAAAGCUGAAACCUGUGAACUGGUGUAUUGUAACCGUGGGACAUGUACCCCCUAAUAUUUAAUAUGGAAUCAUGCAUCCCCACUAUAAAUACCAUAGUAUUUAAAUUGUGCCACCCCCCAACAUCAAACUCUCUUUUACACUGUUGCCUGUGAAGAAAUAACAGAGAGAGUGUAAUUCUGCCCCUUAAACUGGGAUUUGCACGGAUGUUUCAGUUUUCACUGCCAGAAGUCAUGACAGCUACUUCCGAAGUGAACUGUUCAAUUUUUGCGAGCUGGCACUCUAGGCAGCUGCCUAUGUCACUUGAUGGAGUGACUGACACUAUGUGUGGGAAUUUCAGAGAAUGUCACUGAGUGCCACCCCUGCGUCCUUCGACAAUUUGCCGGUAGGCAACAGGUAUAGUUCAUUAUUUUCCUUGUAGAAAUAGCUCUCACGAUAAAUAAGGUUGGAGACCCAUUUCUACAUGUAUGUAAACUGGUUGCACUUUCAUGUAAUGCUCUGACCUCGGACCGGUGGAUUCCCCCUGACUUCUGACAUAUUCCGAACACUGAUGUGGAUAAGCCUGAAAAGCGUCGCAUCCUGUUUUUUAGACAAUUUUAUUGCGUUCCAAGAAAUAACGGUACAAGCAUUAUCGAAGAACUACGUUUUUUUUCUAGGACCUUAUCAAACAUGCACUUUCUCAUACCUAAUAGGAUCAGCUGAGGGUUAAGACGGCCAAAUGAAGAUUACAGCGGAGGAUUUUCGACCAAUCGUACAGUUACGCAUUGUCAGCAAGUACAAAAAAACGAUUGGAUGCCCGCAUAUGUCGCGUCUUCCGCACCACUCUAACAAGAAGUACCUUUGUUCUGUGACGUAGGAGCGCUAAUUACGAGGCACUAUAAAAGACAUUCGAUAGGUUGUUGAUUGUAUCAAGCCGGCUAGCUGUUACGGGGUACGGAAGUAUCGCUGAAGCGACACAAAGCAAUUUUUUUCCCCCCUUCCUCAUUGUUUCAACUUUACAUUUACGAUCUUGGAGCAUGUUUUUUGAGUGUUUCGUUUUUCAACGACUUUCUAUGGAAGACCAAAUCAACCAAAUUAUAGUUGAAAGUAAUUUCAACGAGAGGGAUACUUUUAGAGAAUCCUGAUCAUCGCUUUUCAUCCUGGGCAUACUUGAAGAGCAUUGGGUGCUGGAGUACCUGCUUUCCUCCAGUUCAACAUUCCACCUUUGAGUUAGCUUCUGUCACUGCUGAAAAGAGGGAGAGGGGAAAAUGGUUGGAUUCGCACCUGUCGAUGUACCACCAACUGCUAUGGUGAAGUUCUUUGGCGCUGGAGCUGCCGCCUGCAUCGCUGACCUGGUCACCUUUCCCCUGGAUACGGCCAAAGUUCGACUUCAGAUCCAGGGAGAGGCCCAGUCCUCUGCUGCAGUGGCAGUACGCUACCGUGGUGUGUUUGGCACCAUCGCUACCAUGGUGCGCACAGAGGGGCCCCGCAGCCUCUACAAUGGCCUGGUGGCGGGUCUCCAGAGGCAGAUGAGCUUUGCCUCCGUCCGCAUCGGCCUCUACGACUCUGUCAAGCAAUUCUACACCAAAGGAUCUGAGCAUGUGGGGAUUGGCAGUCGGCUGCUUGCAGGAUGCACCACCGGGGCGCUGGCAGUGGCUGUGGCCCAGCCUACUGAUGUUGUCAAGGUCCGGUUCCAGGCACAGGCAGGGGCUACUGGAGUUGGCAGACGUUACCAGGGAACCAUGGAUGCCUAUAAGACAAUAGCUAGGGAGGAAGGCAUUCGUGGGCUGUGGAGAGGUACAUCUCCCAAUAUUGCCCGCAAUGCCAUUGUGAACUGUACAGAGCUGGUGACUUACGAUCUAAUCAAAGACCAGCUACUGAGAACAACUCCAAUGACUGAUAACCUCCCCUGCCACUUCACCUCUGCAUUUGGAGCGGGUUUCUGUACAACUGUCAUCGCCUCUCCUGUGGAUGUGGUGAAGACGAGAUACAUGAACUCGGCCUGUGGCCAGUACAGCAGUGCCUUAAACUGUGCCCUCACAAUGUUGACUAAGGAGGGGCCCUUGGCUUUCUAUAAGGGGUUCAUGCCAUCUUUCCUACGGCUGGGAUCCUGGAACGUGGUGAUGUUCGUGACCUAUGAGCAGCUCAAGCGAGCCAUGAUGGUGGCCCGUAACAACCGGCCAGUGCCUCUCUGAAGACCUGAGCAACAUCUUCAGGUUUCCCUUUUGAAACCUGAUCCAGUGUAGCAUUAGAUGUUUUAAGGUGCAAGUAUGUCAAACUGCAAUGCUCCAAGUUCGAGGUACCAAAAUCACGUUUUAAUCACAAAGCACUUUUUUUUUUUUUUUUUUAAUUAAUGCUGUUGUGUUUUUCAUGAUUCCAAACUAUCAGGUCUUAACACUGAAAUAAAUGCAUUUCACAAAAUCUUGUUUGCUCAAGUAAAUUAUAAAAAGAAAAUGUCUUUGGUCAGGUGAGUACUUUACCAAGCUGUUAUGGAAUAGUAACACAAUGAUGUGGCAAUUGUAGGGGCUUUGACCCUUACAGUUCAUGCUCCUCUUGCCCAAGUGUUAUGGUGCAUGUGAUGUUAAUUUCAGCUGAACUUGUACAUGUUUGUGCAGACUGUCUAAAUUUUUGGUCUUGCAGACUUGUUGCAUGUUGGUGUGAUGUGUUGACAGCAAGGAAUUGCAUUACUAGGCAUUUCCAGUAGGUGGAAUCUGCUGGUCUCUUGUGUUCUAACCCCUGGACCAUGGUACCAGUUAGUAUUCCACCAGAAAAUUAGGGGUAGAGUUACCAUCCAUCCUGUAUAUUAUGAGAAUCCCAUACUGAAAUGUGGAAUGCCUUGAUCAUGAAAACGUGAUUUGUCCCAUAUUUCUGUACUCCCAUUUUUUAAUA